GAGAGAGAGAGGGAGAGAGAGAGAGGGGGGCAAAAAACGGCUCCGUGUCUACUACAAACGCGGCGGUGCAGGUGUUCUGUCUCUUCGGCGGAGGAUGCGGACGGAAGGACGGGGGAGGGAAGAAGGGAUGAAGGCAAAGCAGCAGCGCCGCGGGGAGAGAGAAUAAGACGUGCGAUGAAAAGGGGGCUUGCGCCGAGAGUCCGAGAGGUGCAAGGUCGAAUAUGAGCGAUUGGUCGAACGGGGCACUUUUGCGUGGUAAUAGCUGGUCGGCAAUAGUACUAUGAUUUGGUAUGUGGCCACUCUGAUAGCAAGUGUAUUCAGCACCAGAGGAACGGCCGCUCAAGGUGCCCACGGCGUGAGAGAGGAGCCCCGGUUUGUGACGGCGCGCGCUGGAGAGAGCGUGAUCCUGGGGUGUGACGUGUCCCCUCCCCUGGAUGGCCAGCAGCCCCCCUAUGUGGUGGAGUGGUUUAAGUUUGGAGUGCCUAUCCCCUUCUUCAUCAACUUCCGCUUCUACCCUCCUCAUGUGGAUCCAGAGUAUACUGGCAGAGCCUCUCUUCAUGGAAGGCGUCGUUGCAAAUUGACCCAGUGCGCUCUGAGGACCAGGGCUGGUACGAAUGCAGGGUCCUGA